UUUCUCAAUAUGGAUCGUUUGAGUUAUUUUAUAAUAAUUUUUGUAAUUUCUGCAUUUGUUUGCCCAACGAGUUCAUUGAACGUCAUUCAUCAAGUGAAUAGAACUCCAUUGGAAGUUAAAUUCAAGAAUAGUAUUACCCGAUUUAAUCCUUUGGCUGAAAUUGUGCGCAACAGCGAAAAGCUUGCACUGAGAAAUUGCAAAGAAAUCUUUCGUUGGGAUCAGUGGAAUUGCCCGACGGGGGAUUUUCUUCAAAAAAGAACAUCAAACAUUCUUGACAAGGAGGGAGCUUUUGUAAAAGCUCUGAGUGCUGCUGCUGUAAUUUAUUCUUCAAUUACAAAUUGUUCAGGAAAUUUCAUGGAGUGCGAUUGCAAAUUCAAUGUACCUGUUGAAGAUGAAAGUCAAAUUGUGAAGUGCGUAGAUCACAUAAUUUCCCUGGAAAAUCUUCUCGUUGGAAAUGACAAUUCCGUUAACAUCGACACUCAGGGUUACGCGCAACUUCACAAUUCACGAGCUGGGAGAAUUGCUGUGCAGCGAGCUUUGAAGCAUCAAUGCAAAUGCAGUGGAUACACAAGUGCGUGUUCCAUUCAAACAUGCUGGAUGCUGAUAAGUAGUUUUCCCGAAAUAACCAGUGAUAUCCGCAAAAUGUACGACCAUGGCGUGAAGGUGGCCAUUGAUAAUAGUGGACGCGUCAAGAGGAAUAUCAAGAGAGAAGCUCUUGUUUAUCUUGAUAAUUCACCGAAUUAUUGCGUUGAAAAUGUAAUUCAUGAAUGGCCAGGAAUGCUUGGGAGGCAAUGCUCGCGACGACGAACUGCAGAAUCUUCUCUGCAUGAGAGACGCUCCUGCCGGAAAUUGUGUCGUGCAUGUGGACUUAAAGUGAAAAGGGAGCGGGUGGUUAAGGAAAAGCCGUGCAAGUGCAAAUUCUAUUGGUGCUGUGAUGUCCAGUGCGAAAAAUGCUCGGAAUUAGUUAAUGAAUUUUAUUGUCAUUAAUACGGCAGAACUUCUGGUCAGUGCCUAAGAUAAACGUUUCGUCUUUUUUCAAUGAACUAUCAUUAUUAUUUCCCCCAUUUU